AUGCGCGCUCCGCCGCUGCUGCUGCUGCUGGCCGCCUGCGCGCCGCCCUCAGGCUCCUCUAUGGUCCCGACGCCGCCGGGCUGGGAACCGGCCUCCGACGCGCCCUGGUGCCCCUACAAGGUGCUGUCCGAGGGCCCCGAGGGCAGUGGACGCCUAUGCUUUCGCAGCCCAGCUCGGGGUUUCCGCUGCCAGGCGCCGGGCUGCGUGACGCUGGUCUCGGCGGGUGGUUCGCUGCGCGCCCACGUCCUGCGCAACCGCAGCGUGCUGCUGCAGUGGCGCCUGGCUCCGGCUGAGGCGCGCCGCGUGCGAGUCUUCGCGCUGAAUUGCUCGUGGCGUGGCACCUACACACGCUUCCCGUGCGAUCGCGUGCUGUUGGGCGCCUCCUGCCGCGACUACCUGCUGCCCGAUGUGCACGAUAGCGUGCGUUACCGCUUGUGCCUGCAGCCGCUGCCGCUGCGCGCGGAGCUCGCCGCCGCCCAGCCAGAGCUCGCUGAGUGCGUGGAGUUCACCGCCGAACCGGCAGCAAUGCAGGAGAUCGUGGUGGCCAUGACUGCUGUGGGCGGCUCCAUCUGUGUCAUGCUGGUGGUCAUCUGCCUGCUGGUGGCCUACAUCACUGAGAACCUCAUGCACCCGACUUUCCGGCGACCCAGUCUGCGCAGGCAAUCCUGAAGCGCAAGGCGACCUGCCCACCUGGGUUCCACCUGCCCAAAUGUGCUGAGACCGUAGGCCCUUUCUCUGCUUCCCUCUCGUUCCUUCUCCCUCUUUACGAUGCCCAUGGAGGGUCUAAUGGAGACUAGCCCAUGCAGGGACCUUGUCAUCAUCCCACGACCUUGCCAGCCCCAGCUGGGUGUCUGCCUUCCAGACUCAGGCCUCAGACUGGCCAUAGGCGCCAGGCUAGCGUGUCAGCCGCAUCCAGGGGUCUUCUCCAUUUCUAGAGGCCUUUUAGGGCCGGCCAGAAUAUACAGUCCCUCUGUCAAGAGCCACUGGCACCCAGGAUCAUCAACCUGAACUUUCGUCCUGUGCCAGGUUGUCAGAGCUUGGCCAUGAUCAUUGCUUGGUCACUUUGUGCUUUGCAGAUGGGGAGGAGUGACCUCUGGAUCCUGUACCCACCCCACCUUACCCAGUGGGCUUAGGUUAGCUUUUGUGCCUUAGUUUCUCUGGCCCACUGCAGGAGCCACUCAUCAUCCCUCAGCUGUCCAUGGGGAUUUGUGGCCCUGUGACUGGCUGGCUUAUGCAUGCUUCUGGCCAGAGUCCCAUUGAGGACACACCAUCCUCAAGAUUUUCAGGAGCCUGGGGCAGGUGUUCACAGGCCCUGUUGUGUCUUCCUAUGUGGGUGUCCAAGAAGCCAAGAGCCAUGAUGUAGCUCAGCAGACUGGGCCCAACGUCCAGCUGCUGCAUCCAGGGGUGAGUGUCCUCCACCUUAGGAGGCUGGGGAUUCACCCUUUCCUUUCGCUAUACUGCCUUGAUUAGGAUUUUCCCAGUGUGUGUGUGUGUGUGUGUG